CUUCCGUUACAAUAGAAAUUAAUACUGAAGUACCUGAAUGUGUAAUGCCUAAGUCAUCAAAGAAAGACUUAAGUGCUGAUGAUAUACAUCUGAUUGAACAAGGCACCAUUGGUCAGUCUGAGAAUGAGGCAUGGCACGAUUACAGAAAAGGCCGAUUAACUGCCUCUAAUUUCUAUAGAGUGUACACAAAAGUUGAAACCCUUAAAACUAAGGGGGGUGAUGCACAGGAACUAGUGGACACAAUCCAGGGUAAAAGUAAUGGACCGUCGGAACAUUUACCUGCUCUAAAAUAUGGAAGAAACAUGGAGAAAGUUGCUAAGGAUAAGUAUGUGAAACUGUUUCAGAGGGAGCACAAAGAUGCAAAAUUCAGAGAGUGUGGACUAUUUAUUGAUGAAUCUGACCAAUUCAUUGGAGCAUCCCCUGAUCUGCUUGUUGAAUGUUCCUGUUGUGGAUUAGGGGUGCUAGAAGUGAAGUGCCCUUAUUCUAUUGUUAAUGAUUUACCAUCAGAAGACAAUCUUUCCUACCUGGUAAAGAUUAAUGGCAAAAUUGUCUUGAAAGAGAAGCAUGCAUAUUUUGCACAGAUACAGGGACAAAUGGCUGUGACAAAGAGAACAUGGUGUCACUUCCUGGUCUACACCCAAAAGGGUUAUCAUCUGGAGCUAAUCAAGUUCAAUAAUGAUUACUGGGAAAAGAUAAAGCAAAACCUAAUUUGGUUUUAUAAUAAGUAUUUAAGUGAAUGAAUGCUCGUUAAUUAUAACUUGAUACAAAACUUUAUUUACAUGGUGUAAACACUAAAAAUACAUUUGUACAUUUUAUAUACAAUUUAGAAUUUUUACAAUUUCAUAUCUGGAAAAACUGGUCUGACAGUUCUAAAUUGAACUCAAAUAGUCUCUGAAUAGAACAGUAAAAUUGUCUGUUGUGGAAACUGGAAUGGAUGAAUCAAAUCAUGAAAUUUUAUACAAGUAAUGCAUUGACCACACUUCAGUAUGAUUGAAAAUGUUACAGUUUGAUAUUGUUUGCAGUUAUAUAUAUAGUAAUAAUAAAUAAUAUAUUAUUUAUUUGUGUUCAGCGACACAUGAGCUGUGAAAUGAAGAAAAAUAUUUACAAAUUAUAUCUAAUGAUUGUAAUCACUCUACCAGAAUAAUUUUUCUCUUGUGAGGUCCUUGUGGUGCAAAUAAUAUAACAGUUCUUAUUCAGAGUGCACAUACUUAAUAGCUGAAGCAUUAAAUGGUACUAAAUCAUACUAUUACUUAAUUUUCUUGUUAUGUACCAUUAUCAACACUAUUUAGUAUUAUUUGGUACCAUUUGUAUGAAAGAUUAAGUGAUUGCACUCUAUACUAGUUGCUAGUAAAGUAGAGCAGAGAUUUUGAAUAACAUUUAACCUAAGAAAGAACUUAGACUAAUACAUAUUGGUAUCCUCUAAAUUUAUGAAGUUUAUAUUCUUUCAUGGGUUAAAUGCUGUCAAUCUUUUUAGCUAUUUGUACAUUUCUUGUUAAUCAUUUUUUACCCAAGGGUCUAUACAAGUUACAUAAGGCUGCACAAAUAAGUACAAUGUUGUCUAUACUGCCAAGCAGUGAUAUUGGUAGUUCAUGCUUUAUCAGUCUAAACGUCUUCAACCGUCUUAUUGCUUGCUCAACAAAGAUUCUAAGAUUUGCAAUUUCUUUUGUUUUAGCAACUUCAGCUUUAGUGAACUGCUCUUGUCCACGUUUACCAGGGGGGAUGUGUAGUCUUGAGCUUCUGAUUAAGAGGUCUUCAGCAAUUGUGAAUCCACGGUCUGCCAUCACUUCAU